AUGGAGCUCAAGACGCGGGUUCUCGACAUCCUCUGUGUGCUUCUCUCGGCGCUGCUCAUGAUCUCGGUCUGGUACUGCGCACUCUCGCCCGACUGGAUGGCGCAGUCGGGCGACAAUGGCCAGUCCAGCUACUCGCAGGGCAUUGGCCUGUGGUCCAACUACACGCUGCAGUUUGGCGACGACUCGUUUGACCCUGGCAACUCGUUCUGGCUGCCAACGCAGCCCAACGCCGUCGACUCGUUCGAUGCCCAAUGCGAGUCGUAUCGCAAGGUUGACUGCUCCGUUCUAGAAGGCGGCGAGUACGACAAGCAGUAUUGCGUCAUCCAGUCGAUCUACUGCGGCACGCCGCUCUUCAUCGUGCAGGUCGUCAUGGCCAUCGCCGCGGGCCUCUCUGUCGUUGUCUUCGCGUGGGUCAUCGUCAUGGCCGUGUACCCGCACCGCACGCUCACCGAGAACUACCUUCUCCACAUAUCGAUCCUCGCCGGCUUCGUGCAAAUGGCGGCGAUCGGUCUCUGGUACACGUACGUCUACCUCAAGGUGCUCAACUCGACGUUCUACUCGGACGAGUACACUCGGUGCACGGCCAACCCAACGAAUCGGUCGUGCUGGAGCAUUCGGUACGCCGCCUACGCGACUCUGGUCGCUGGUGGGCUCUACCCCGCGCUCGCCAUCGCCCUCUCGCAGCUCAUGAGCCUGAAAUCGUCUCGGUACCGCGUCCAGCUCAAGCAACACUGCAAGGAGCUCAUGGACGAGAUGCCGUUCAGCCCGCGCGGCUCGGAAAUUCCCCGCCCGUCAGAUGCGUCGACCGUGCGCGAGUCGGACAUGUCGACCAUUACCAGCAGCAUGCGCUAA